AUGUCGAAUGGCUAUUCGCAUUCGUUAGCUGCCGAUGAUUUCGGGGCUGAUGCCGAUGAAACCACGAAGAGCGAACACAGCCAAUCCGAGCCCGUCGAAUCUCAUCCUGUCUCCGAGUCCUCCCCCGAGCCCGAUGCCGCGGACGAUCUAUAUGAUGCGGAUUCUCCAGCUUCGGAUGGAGAAGAUGAUGAUGAUGUUGUGAUGGAAAACAGUGAUGAUGAAAUGGACCAGUCGAGUCGUGAAAACUCUUCAUCACCACACGCCGACCGAGGUCUCAAGCGCAAAUCGCCGCCGCCGGACGAACGCGACUAUAUUAACCAAAAUCCCGAUUUGUUCGGACUUCGUCGCAGCGGUCGCGCACGCACUACGCGUCAUCUCGUCGACUCGUCCGAAUCUGAAUCAGAUUCUGUGGCUCCGCGAUCUAAGCGCCGGCGCAAGGAGCCUUCCCAGCAGCCCUCGAAGACCUCGCGGUCGGCUACUGCCUCAUCGUUCUCGGAGACAGAUAGUGAUGAGUACGGUGGGAAAGGUGCUCGUGCCAAUAAGGCGAGGCGCCGCCGUCUCCAGCAAGCCGCGGGAAUGGAGCCCUCCUUCAACGAAGUUCGCUUCUCUACCCGGAACGCGUCCAAAGUGUCGAAUUACAACGAGGACGAAGAUGAUGGGAUAUUUGAAGAGGACCCAGAUGAGCUCGGCGAGAGCUACUGGGAUAACACUUAUGAAGAAGAUACCCGACAAGCUGUCGAUGUCGUCCUUAAUCACCGGCCUAAGGAGGGCGUCGACCCCAAAAGCCCAGAUUUGAGCCGCCAAGACUUUGAGUUCUAUAUCAAGUGGCAGGACCAGUCAUACUACCAUUCCAGUUGGGUGCCGAAUGAAGAACUUGCGAACUACCGCAGCACCCGUCGCGUGGAUAAUUAUGUUCGCAAAGUGCUCAAUGAGGACCUACGCCUUCAACACGACCCAUACGCCCCGCCGGAAGACCGAGAAAAGUGGAAUCUUGAUCGCGAGAGGGAUGUGGAGGCAAUUGAGGAUUUCAAACAGGUUGAACGAGUGAUUGGAGUUCGGGAAGAAAAUGGUAUAACAGAAUAUCUUGUCAAAUGGAAACGACUCUUCUACGACUCCUGUACAUGGGAGCCCGAGGAUCUCGUCAGCGAUAUCGCACAACGUGAAAUUGACCGCUUCAUUGAUCGCUCUGCUCGCCAUCCUGUUUCCGACAAACUGGAAUCAACCCCAGCUACACGCAAGCCGUUUGAGCCUAUUAAAGCCUCCCCAAGCUUUUUGCAAAAUGGAGAACUGAAGGAUUUCCAGGUCAAGGGCCUCAACUUUCUUGCGUUCAAUUGGGUCAGAAACCACAAUGUGGUGUUGGCUGACGAGAUGGGCUUGGGAAAGACCGUGCAAACCGUAUCGUUCAUCAACUGGAUGCGACACGUCCGUCGGCAACAGGGCCCCUUCAUUGUCAUUGUUCCUUUGUCAACGAUGCCAGCAUGGGCCGACACCUUUGAUCACUGGACACCUGACCUAAAUUAUGUGGUCUACAACGGUAGCGAAAAGGCACGAGGUGUCCUUCGUGAUUACGAGUUGAUGGUGGAUGGCAACCCCAAGCGACCAAAGUUCCACGUCCUGUUAACAACUUACGAGUACGCUAUGAAUGAUUCUCCAUUCCUAGGGCAAUUCAAGUGGCAAUUCAUGGCAGUCGACGAGGCUCAUCGUCUCAAAAAUAGAGACUCACAGCUUUACAGGCAACUGGUGGACUGGAAAUGCCAGGCCCGUCUCCUCAUCACUGGCACUCCAAUUCAGAACAACCUUGCGGAGCUGUCAUCCCUCAUGGACUUCUUGAAUCCUGGUGUCAUCAAAGUGGAUGUUGACAUGGAUCUCAACUCCGAUGCUGCGUCACAAAAGCUGGCCGAGUUGACAGAUGCCAUUCAACCCUAUAUGUUGCGGCGUACCAAGUCAAAGGUGGAGUCUGACCUUCCUCCAAAGACCGAGAAGAUUAUCCGAGUCGAGCUCUCCGAUGUUCAACUCGAGUACUAUAAGAACAUUCUCACGAAAAAUUAUGCUGCGUUGAACGAUGGUGCCAGGGGAAUGAAGCAAUCACUACUGAACAUUAUGAUGGAAUUGAAGAAGGCGAGCAACCAUCCAUUCAUGUUCCCUACGGCGGAAGCAAGGCUCCUAGACGGCCUUACCAGGCGAGAGGACAUUCUGCGUGCUAUGAUUACCAGCAGUGGAAAGAUGAUGCUGCUCGAUCAACUCCUUAGCAAGUUGAAGAAGGAUGGCCACCGAGUCUUGAUUUUCUGUCAGAUGGUCGGCAUGCUGAACAUUCUGAGCGAGUAUAUGGAGUACCGCAACUACAAAUAUCAACGGCUGGACGGCACCAUUCCUUCCGCGGCUCGUCGCUUGGCCAUUGAGCAUUACAACGCCCCUGAAAGUACAGACUUUGCAUUCCUUCUUUCCACCCGUGCAGGUGGUCUUGGAAUCAACUUGAUGACUGCGGACACCGUCGUUCUCUUUGAUUCGGACUGGAAUCCGCAAGCGGAUCUGCAGGCCAUGGCUCGAGCUCAUCGAAUUGGGCAGACCAGGCCCGUCAGUGUUUACCGCCUUGUUUCAAAGGAUACAAUCGAAGAGGAGGUCAUUGAGAGAGCCCGCAAUAAGCUUUUGCUCGAGUUCAUCACUAUUCAACGGGGUGUCACUGACAAGGAGGCCUCGGAGAUGCAGACCAAGAUGUCUCGUGUCAUCGGAGAACCUAAUUCGACGGAAGACAUCUCUCGGAUUCUCAAACGACGCGGUCAAAGGAUGUUUGAGCAAACUGACAACCAGAAAAAGCUUGAGUCGCUUGACAUUGACUCUGUUCUUGCCAAUGCCGAACUGCACCAGACCGAGGAAACGGAGCAAAUACAGGCAGACGGUGGUGAGGAGUUUUUGAAGGCCUUCGAAUUUGUUGACAUCAAGGUCGAUGAUCUUAGCUGGGAUGAAAUCAUCCCAAAGGAACAACUUGAUUCGAUCAAAGCAGAGGAGAAGCGCAAGGCGGAUGAGAAGUAUCUCGCAGAAGUCAUCGAGGAGAACCAGCCUCGUAAGCGCCAAGCUGCCACACAAUCGCGUGAUUCGCGAGAGGAACGAAAAGCCAAGCGGCAAGCUCGGGCCCAAGUCGCCAUUGACGACGAUGACGAGGAGGACAGCAGCUCUUUGGACCCAAAGCGCCCUCUCGGUGAAAAGGAAUACCGUGCUCUUUCUCGUGCUUUCCUGCGCUAUGGCGACAUGGAUGAUUGUGAAGAGCUUAUCCUCGAGGACUCUCGACUGCAAAACCGGGAUCGGGAGACUGUCAAAGCUGCUCUUCGUGAGAUGACCGACAAGGCCAACUCUCUUGUUCAUGAGAAUUUGGCGCAAAUGGACGCCCUCAAGCAAAGUGGCAAGAAUCCCACCAAGAAAGAACAAAAAGCCGUCUUGUUUGACCACCAGGGUGUCAAGCGUUUGAACGCCUGGACCAUCGUCGACCGCCCUCCUGAUAUGCGACUUGUUCGGAAAAUGACCACAUCUCUUCCAGAUUUCAAGAACUUCCGUCUGCCAGAAGCUACCAAGUUGGCUGACUACAGCUGCCCUUGGGGUGCUCGCGAGGAUGGAAUGCUCUUGGUUGGCAUCGGCCGCCACGGAUUUGGUGCUUGGACUCAGAUCCGUGACGAUACCGACUUGGGUCUUGGUGACAAGUUUUUCUUGGAGGAACACCGCGUGGAGAGGAAAACCCAGCGCCUUCAGGGCGAGGAAAAAUCUACCAAAUCCCCCGGUGCUGUUCACCUUGUCCGCCGAGCAGAAUAUUUGCUUUCGGUUCUGAGGAACAAAUACAGCAGUGGUAACAAUGCCAUCGCAAGGCGUGCGGUAGACAAUCACCACAGGAAUAACAAGCGCAACUCUCGGCUUGGCAGUGGCAGCGUGUCUGCGUCCCCUGCUCCCUCUUCUCGCAAGGGGCAUAGGGAGGUUGAUCGUGUGCGCCAGCGAUCCCAUACACAUGGCAGUCGAGAUGGUGACCGUCAUCACACACCUGGUCAUGAUCGACCGAAAUCCGGUCAUGAUGUUAAUCGUCCCCGACACCGUACUUCUGAUGUCGGCAAUGACGAGCUUCGACGUCGCAAGACCCAGGAAAACGGUGGUUCUAGCAAGGAGAAGGAAGACAUGGCUUUCAUGGUGUUCAAGCCCAUUGUGGGGAUCCUGGACAACGUUUCCAAGAUCACAGCCAAGAACUACCCGGAUAAAUCCAAGCGGGCGCAUGAGCUCCGAACUACCAUCAUGAAAAUCGGUGAUUUUAUUCGCGAAACUCUGGGAGGUGACAAGCCCAUGGCUUCCCUCGAAAAGCGACUGUGGGAUUAUGUCUCUGUCAACUAUUGGCCCAACAGGGAAGUGACUGGCUCCAAGCUACAAGCGAUGUUCCAGAAGGUCCAAGAAGCUAAAAAUGCUCCGAAACCAUCCAAUGGUACUUAG